AGUGCACGCGGAAUGAGGGGGAUGAGAGCGCACAACACAACAAGUACAGACUCAAUCAUGGGGAUUCCCCGUUCGAGGGGGUUAUUAGCAUACAAAGCGUCGGACAUACAUCAAAGCGCAGCAAACGGAGAUGCAAUUAAUUGCGCAAUAUGUUGGGUAUCAGUGCCCGUAUCACCCACUCAUCGCAUCAUCGGGCUCAUUUUUAGACAGUGCAGUGGCAGUACAGCAGCAACAGCAAAAACUACAGCUGCAGCUGUAGUUUUUACCGCACUGCAGUUCGAACUUCAUAGGCAUAGCAUAGUAUACUAACCUCGCAUGUUGUGUGAGUGGGCAUAGCCAUAGCUCGUUCACUUCAGCGUGGCUUCAAGUUCAGGGAGUAACAACACUACAGCUAGCUACAGUGUAGGCUACAGUACACCGGUAGUUCUUUCUUUUCAGACGUUUUCACUCACUCCUUCAACUAAUUCAAGUCGAAACCAGUGGCAGAGGAGACGUAAGACAAAUAAAUAUAUGCUUGACUCACCUUUGAGACAGUCGACUCGAGUGGAGGAUACAACAAUAUGGCUUCCAAGCAUCAUUCGGGUGAUCAUGAUGUCAUCAUGGUGCUUCGGAAGAACUCUCUCAAUGGGGUCCCUAUCAAGGAUGCAUGCAGAAACGCCAAGGGCAUCGUCUUGACAACCUUCAAAGGGCAAGUUUACCAGUGCAAUGGUGAUCCUUCAACCGCUAACAAACAGGAGAACUAUGACAAGAUGGUAUUCCCAACAUCAGAACUGGAGGAUGACCCCAGCAUUGAUAUCGUGAAUGUUUGUUGUGGUCGUCAACAUUUUCUUGCUCUUUCUGCCGACGGUCGAGUGUACAGCUGGGGUGGGAAUGACGAAGGGCAGCUUGGUAAUGGUAUCCCACAGAAGAAAGGAACAUAUCGAGCCCGCCCGAAACCAAGGUUGAUCAAAAGUGUAUCGGAUGUUGGUGUCGUCCAGAUUGCCUGCGGAGAUUACCACUCCCUCGCACUCACCAGAGAUGGGCGGCUGUUUUCUUGGGGAUCUAACCGUCAUGGUCAACUAGGUGUUUGCAAGGGCAAUGCAAAAAGAGAAAAACUCUUAGUGGAUAAACCAAUCGAGAUAAAAAGCCUAUGGGGAGUGCCAUUACAGCGCAUUGCCGCCGGGGGCGAGCAUUCUGUUUUUCUUUCCGUCUCUGGAUCGGUCUAUGUAUGCGGGUGGAAUUUACAUGGGCAGCUGGGAUUACAGCAGUCAGACAGUACAUGUAAAUAUGUGAAACUUCCUGUCAAGUUGGAGUCUACAUGUAUAUCUCAUGGUAAUGUUAAGACCAUUUCAUGUGGAUUGCAUCAUACUAGCUUCUUGACACAGAAUGGCCAGCUGGUGGUAUAUGGCAUGGGUGUCGACAGGGUCCUGUGUGCGUCUGAUAAAUGGAGAGAGUCUGAACUGAGACCUAACCGGUUUUCUCUUCACAAAUUCUUUUCCAUUCAGUCAACUAGCCAAUGUACUUAUGCCAUUGAAGAGUUCACCCAUGAAAUCUUCAUGCUUGAUCACAGCAAAGCCCAGCAUUGUGACUCUUCCCAAAACUUAGAGCUAGUUCCUCUUAAAAAAGCCUUGAUGAUUGAUAUGUUUGAAACAGGAACAUCAACCGUUUGGCCAUCUCCUGGUCCAUAUGACUUAGACCCAGAAGUCUGGAGAUUAGCAAGACCUGAAGAGCAGUUGGAACAUGUUCUGAACUUGAAAGAACAACUUGAAGGUGACGAUGCGGCUACAAUCAAUAGGGUCCUAAGAGAUUCAGACCGUCUAGAGGGGACAGCCACAGACAACCAUUCUUAUUCCACUGGUUCUGAAAGUGAAAUCCCACAAUCAAGCACAUGUUUCGCUGCGACACUUUCCUCUCAUGCUGGGAUCCAUCCCACCGCUGCCACCAGCCCUGCUAAUCAAGGCACUGCAGACAUUCCCCAAGUCAAAUUCUCUGAAGGUGAUGAAACCAGCACAGUUGUUGCUCACCAAGAUCUUGGUGGGAAUGUCAUGAAAGAUGACCUAAAGGUAGAGGAUAAUGAUCAGGAGAACCAACUAAUACCCCCAAGGAUCUUACGACGACUGUGUCCUGGAAAGGAUAUCGUCUUUAUCAUAGAGCAGGAUGAACCAACGGGGGAAGAGCUCCAUGUAUCGAUGACCCCUAGUAUAAAGAGAAUCGAUGCACUAUCUGCUGAACUUCUGCAGAGUUUAGCGAACACCGAGGGAGACAUCACAGAAGACAUGGCCUCAUUCAAGCAUGCAAGAGCUGUGUUCUCUUCUCCUGCUUGCCUGAAUGCAUCAUUUCUUCAAACAGGACCAAAGGAGAUCAAUGGACCAAAUGUUGAUCUCGAAGCAGCAAGGAAGGCUUUUGAGAUGAUAGGCAAAAAUAGUAGACUCCUUGAAAAGCUCUCCAAGGUGAUCUCUGUUGACCUCUGUAUGACACCCCCUCGGUCAAAACCCCAUGGAGAAGCUCUUCGCUUCAUCCUGAUACUCCUGGAAUGCCCUGUCUUCAGUAAUCCUCAACACCCAUGGGGGCGAAAUGUCCUCUCUGCUAUGGGCACGUUCAUGAUCUCUCUUCACAAGUCAUCGCAAUCUGAAAUUCUUGGUCAUUGGUGGAAAUAUGAACCGAGGUCGUUUCGACGUGCCAUCACAGCAUACCGAGUAGCACUCUCAUUCCUGAUCAGUGCCCAUUAUAUGGUGGAAAAAGAGCUGGAAAACUUUUGGGCCUAUCUGAAAGUUCUCAGCUUUCUAAAUGAGAUCAACCAACAGCAAGACAUUUUAUCCAUUAAGACAUUCUACAUCCCAAAGUUAGACCGAGUUGCCUUCAGGCCUGAGAUCUACAAAGGUGUAUCACACCCACUUUCAAGAUUCUGCUGGACCAAAUAUCCAUUCCUCAUGGACCUGGAGGUCAAGACAUCUUAUUUUGCAGAAGUGAACAUGAUAAAAAGAGAGUGUGCUGCGGGAUUUAUACCUUGGAUGCCUCGGAUAUCUAUGGAUAAUCGACUUGAGGUUGUCGUAAGCCGGCAGGAUAUUUUCGGGACGAGUGUCCGUGAGCAGUUCGCCGAGAUGUUACAUUUCAAGAGUUUGCUUCACCGACCCUUUAAGGUCAUUUUUCAAGGGGAAGCUGGUAUUGACGAGGGAGCACUGAGUAUGGAUUUUUUCAGGCUUGCUUUUGAGGAACUUCUUGAUCCGCAAAAGCAUGAUCUUGUCCGAAGAAUCGACGAGGAUCAUCCAGUUGUUUGGUUUCAAAAGGACUGCAGGGACUCUCAAUUGGCCGAGAUAUUUGGUCUACUCUUCGGACUUUCAUUGUACAACAAGGCAAUCGUUCCAUUACCGUUUCCACAAUUGCUGUAUGCCAAGCUUCUGGGAAAAGGUCCAAAGAAUCAGCUGAAGGAAGUAAGACAGCUUGACAAGGACUUUGCAGAUCAAAUGUCCAAAUUACUAGAUGGAACCGACGAGUAUAUUAUGGGCUGUUGCUAUGGUGACGAUCUGGAGUUGGCGGAUGGGAGGAGUGUAGAGGUCACAAAAGAAAAUGUACAUCUCUAUGUGGAUAAGAAGAUCCAAGAAUUCUUGGCGCCAUUGCAAUUCAAAGCCUUCCAGCGAGGGGUCUACAAGGUCUUCCGUCCAGCUGACUUUGAAAUUUUUCGACCUAUCGAGCUGGAAACACUUGUCAUCGGAGAGUCGUACUACGAUUGGAAAGCACUUGAAGAGUCGACAAAGUAUGAACAUCCGUACACGGCCUCUCAUCAAACCAUCAAAAUGUUCUGGCAGGUAUUUCAUGCCUUGGAUGAUGAUAUGAAGAGAAAAUUUCUCGUAUUUGUUGUGGGGUCUGACCGUGUACCUGUUGGUGGACUCAAGAACAUUGGCCUCCACAUCGAGUGCCUUCCUGUACCUUGUGAAGAUAUCAACGAUGCUCGUGAGAUUGAAGACAUCCUCACGCGCUUGUUGCCAACCGGCCAUGGCUGCGACAAUCAUGGACAUAAACGUACCUUGCGCCUGCCUAUGUAUUCCAGCCUUGAACUUGUCGAAGAUCGCCUAACAGUUGCUCUGUCCUUUUACGACUGCCCAUUCCAUAUUGCAUAGUGUUUUAAGACUGUUAUAUAGUAUAUAGUUAUAAGAAUAUUUUGGGGAUUUAUUUUUAUUUAACUGCCCUAUCUGAAAUAAGUGUAUUUAAAGCCUCCAUGUAUCUUUUUUUGGUAAAUUCCCACAAAAGUGAACGCACUAUUCCAUUUCAUUAUUAGAUUAUAUUAAUUGAUGUGCUCCAAAACGAUCAUCCUGUAAAGGAUACAAACUAAACUAAAAAUGUGUUUUACAAGAUAAGUUACCAAUUUUACAUCAGAUUUUAAUUUGAUCGGGUACCCUAUCAAAAUACAACAUCUAUGCAUUUUUGUCUUGUUUAUAUUAAACACCUUUUUUAUGCAUGGAAUUAGCUAAAAAUUCCAGGAUAUAAUCUUUCUAACAUCCAAGUACUACAUAUAAAAUCAGUGCUCAAAUGGCUAUUUGAAUAAAAAUCAAAACAUUCCAGAGAGAGGGUGCUAGAUUUAAAUAUAAAUCCUAAUGGCCGGAAAAAAUGCCAUAUUUAAAUUCUAAUUGGUAAAAAGUGCAUUCAAUAACUACAUGUACUGCGUUUUUGUAAUAUUGUAAUGUUCAAUGAUACUCAAGUACAGUUUUCAUUACUGACCCAUUAACAAAGCUAAAGAGAGGCUUUAAUUCUUUCAAUAUUUAUCUCAUAUAGUUUGUUCAUGUAUUCAUAUAUUAUUUCUUUAAAAUCUGAAAUAGCCAUGAUUAGUAGGGAUUACUUUCUUUUGGAAUGCCUUAUUAGACUACAUGUAUGUGCAAUGUGAAGGCUAAAUUUAUUCCAUUUAUUCAAAUGUUUCCCCUUUUUUGUAAAAUAGCUAGAGUACUGUACAUGUACAUAGCUCUUGGUUAAAAUAGAAUAUGAAAUAAUUUUCUAUCACCAUGUGAUGUAUCCCGAGAUAAUUGU